AUGCGGAGGCUCGCUCUCGUUCUGCUGCCCUGUGCCGUCGCCGUCCUGGUGCACCUGUGGUGGGCACAGCGACCCUCCUCCGCUCCGCCGGACCACCACUCACUCUCGGAUGAAGCCUUACCUUACUAUGAAGUUCUGGUGGGGGUGCUGUCAGCGAGACACCAUUAUGAACUGCGACAAGCGAUAAGGGAGACGUGGCUGGGCUACAUCCGGAAUCACCCCCACUUCCAGCACAGAGUGGGGGUGAAAUUUAUCGUGGGCAAACAUGGGUGUCCCAUUCCAGAGGAGGACAGAGAGGAUCCGUACUCCUGCUCCAUCCUGAACUUCACCGAGCCAGUCACAGGACAGGAUGCUGAGAUCGAGAUGGUGACCGUGGCGGACCCCUCGAUGCUCGCCCUGUCCGACGUGUCGGCCAUUGCCCUGGAUUUCAAGGUUCUGCACCCGGUGGUGAUCACCAGGCUGGGGCUGUUUCCCAGAGGAACCGAGCCUGAGCUUCAGAGCAACAUAACGGUGAAGCUUCUCCAGCUGGACCAGGAGGAGGCUGUGGUUACUGCUCGCUUCAGUGCCAUCAGCACAGGGACCAUGGUGAACGGAGUUUGGUACAAACCGGUGGAGCAAUUCAUUUUGCCCAAGGGUUUUGAAGGGACGUUGGUUUGGGAGAGUCUGGACUCUUCUGGAUUGACAACGGUCGACUCCUCCGUGCAGCUCAACGAUGGAGGAGGCGUCCUCAAGAUCUCCUCGAUCGCAGAAGGCAUAUUGCCUCAUAGAAGUGCUCUUGGGUUUCCUGGUUUGGCGGGAGGCUUCACAUUUACCAUCUACGAUGAGGACGGUCUGUCGGGGCUCCUGCGGGGUCGCCCGGCCAGGAUGGAGCAGCACGCCUCCAGGCUGAGGCAGGAGGACGCCACCUUGCAGCGGGAGAGCCUGAGGCACGGCGACAUGGUUUUCGUGGACGUAGUUGACACCUACAGGAACGUGCCUUCCAAACUGCUUCAGUUCUAUAAAUGGUCUGUAGGAAACGCUGACUUUAAUCUGCUGCUGAAGACGGAUGAUGAUUGUUACAUCGACAUCGACUCAGUGUUAAUGAAGAUUGACCACAAGGGUCUCAAGCGCAGCAAUUUCUGGUGGGGAAAUUUCAGGCAGAGCUGGGCAGUGGAUCGCAUUGGGAAGUGGCAGGAGCUGGAGUACGCCAGUCCGGCCUACCCGGCGUUCGCCUGCGGCUCGGGCUACGUGGUCUCUCGUGACCUAGUCCAGUGGCUCGCCAGUAACGCAGAGAAACUCAAGGCCUACCAGGGAGAAGACGUGAGCAUGGGGAUAUGGAUGGCAGCCGUUGGACCACAGAAAUAUCAGGACCCCGGCUGGCUGUGUGAGAAGGAGUGCUACCUGGACAUGCUGUCGUCCCCCCAACACACAGCUGAGGAGCUGCACAUCCUGUGGGACAGGAAGAGGGCCUGUGGAGACCCCUGCGGUUGUCCCUGGGGCCACUAA